CGGAUAUCUUCGUGAUAGAACAGGCACACACAGAGACAAGAACAAGCGCGCGCGCACACACACACACAGAGUUCGCAGUAGCUGUUACAGAGGUCACGAAGAUAUCCGAAAAGAAGUGUAGAAUUGUCAAAGUUUUGUCGAGUUAUAUCGAAGGAUUGCUCUAAUUUGUUUACUAUCCUUUAUUGUAUGUUUACUUCUGAUCAUGACGGUUCAACUGGAACGUGUCUUCGUCUAUGGUACACUCAAACGUGGUCAACCCAAUCAUUUUGUGUUAGAAAAUGUAACACAUGGUUUGGCUAAAUUUAUAGGCGAUGCAACUACUGCCCUUCGAUACCCGUUGGUCGUUGCUUCUCAAUAUAACAUCCCUUUUCUGUUACCAUUUGAAGGGAAAGGAAACUUUAUUUCUGGUGAAGUCUAUGAAGUAGAUGAGAAAAUGCUCAAGCAACUUGAUGAGUUUGAACUACAUCCAGAUGUCUACAAACGUGAAAAGAUAUCAGUUAUUUCCAACAACAAUAGUUUUAUGUCCUGGUGCUAUAUUCUUCAGAGACCUAAGCCUAAACUUCUAGACCUAAAAUUACUUGAUAAUUACAACAACGAUAACUGUGCUGAAGAGGAUAAAUAUAACGGGGAUACUGAAGAGGAUACUUUUUAUCCAUCUGAAGUAAUGGAAAGUUAACUUUCAACUCUAAUGUUAACUCUUACAUACAUAUAAGAGUAACCAUACAUUUAUAUAAAAUUAUAUUUUAAUUUGAUAUUAUAAGAAUUAAAGAUAAAUUAAAUAUAUUUUACCACUUUUA